AUGGGCCGAAUACCUCGCAAUCUCGUUUUAAACUUGGUGAGGUGUAAUUAAAGUAAAAUGUUUAAUUUUUCAUUGUGGUGGCUUAAUGUGAAAACUGAAGAUUGAGGGCAUUAACACCGUCGCAAUGUGACGGAGGCGACGCGGCGAGUCAGCGCGUCUCUGCAGAUGCCUGCGGGAGCACGCAAGAAAGCGUCGAGACAGAUGUGUGACGCAGCGCGCAGGACCGCGCCCCGCGCCGCGCGGUGCGUGCCCUCACCCCCGCGGCUCCCGACGGCUCCUGGCAGAAUACAUCGAUUUCGCGUGGUGCGUGAACCCGCAACGAGUUCCCAGCCUCGCGGUAGGCAACUAGCGCGUGGCCGUGGUGGUGCAAGACUUGCGUGGCGCCGGUGCAGGCGGCGCGUGCUGCGUGCGGGCGGGGCGGGCGGCGGCCCGGGCGGCAGUCGCUCGGAGGCAAGCGGGCGGCUCGCGUCGCCCGAACAUUCCCCUGUGCAUCGCUGCAACGAUAUCUCGCGAACUAGCGCUGAGGUGCGCUAACCGCGACCACCUUGCGUUCUGCACUAUUUUAUAUCCAAGUUUGUGCAAUUUUCAUUUAUCUUUCCGCCAAUUUUGGACGACAUCGUCGCAGCUUUACGCUCGCACCUGCUUCUUAAUGAUCCUGGCUCAAGACGAGCCUCGAGCCGACGUUAAUUGGGUACGACAGGUCCGCAACCGCGUCAGUGUAUGACAGUAAUUAAUAAAACUUUUCGAUCUAACAUUAAAUUUUCAUAGAAAAUUUUAGAAUUUCGUAAUUAGCUACUGCUUUUCCGUUAUUUCUCUAGUUAAUUGUUAUUCUCAAUAUUAAAAGUGCCUAAUAAGGUUCGUUGUAGAUAUAAACUGUUGCUAAUUCAGUUUUGACUUUAUAAUUAUAAUAGUGAACAAUUAUGUAUGUGGGUGAAUAGUUUUCUUCAACCAAGCAGCUUAAAAAUUCUUCGAUUAUGAUAUAAGUGAUGGGGCGAUCCGCGAGGCAAGCGACAAGAGCGCAGCGGGCGUGCGCGUCACAAGGCGCGGGCGCAGGCGGGGCGAGCGCGGAGGCGUAGCGCGGCGCGGUGGCGGGUGCGGGCGCGGCGGCGGCGGCGGCGGCGGCGCAUGCACGCCACCGGCCACACGGACCGCUCGGGCGGCGGCGGCGGCGGCUCUUGGCGCCUCCCGCCCGACGAGACUUUACAAGUCGCCGACCCCAAGUCCGCCAAGGAAGAGGAUCUGUAUCAAGGAGAUGGCCACAAUUGGAGAAGCAUCAUCUUCUCAUUGAUGGUCAUCAGUUUUGUGAUAGCAGGCAUCGUCACAGCGAUUUAUUUGUUAGGAUAUGUGGACGAGUUGCUAUACUGGUCGGGUCGUCGGAUGCGUCUGGACGAAUUCCUGCGAGGCGACUUAACAGGGGACCGUCUGCCCACCACCUGGGUCAGCUCGCACCAGCUGGUGUACCAGGCGGACGACGGCGGCCUACUGGCGCUCGACACCUUCAACAACACGCUCUCUGUGCUGGUCACCAACCACACUCUCAGACAACUCAACGUGCGCGGAUACCAGUGCUCGCCAAACUUGCGCUUCGUUCUCUUCCAACACAAUAUCAAGGAGGUCUAUCGACGGACGUUUACAGCGCACUACACUGUUUAUGACGUCACAAAUGACCACCAAAUACCGCUGUUCGGCACGGGCCAGAGCAGCUGGGAGUGGCAGUACGCAUCGUGGUUGGGCCCUGACGGGGCCCUCGUACUGGUGGCCGACAACGAGGUGCUGGCGCGCCCCGGGCCUCCCGCCAAAAGAACCCCGCCCAUCAGGCUCACGACUGACGCCGUACCUGGCAAGGUCUACAACGGAGUAUCCGACUGGCUGUAUCAAGAGGAGGUGACAAAGACCCCUUCGGCGACGUGGGGCUCGUCUGACGGCACCCUGGUGCUGUACGUGCAGUACGACGACAGCGACGUCUCCGAGCUGCGGUUCCCGAAGAUUUCCGAAGGCAUUGGCGGCAUCGGAGCCUCCCGAUCUGGCUUCCUCCUACCCACGUUGAACAACACCAUGCCUACUGUCUUCCCUGAUCACAUCACUAUUAGAUACCCGACGCCGGGGAGCUCAAUACCGAAAGUGAAGUUAUGGAUAGUAACAGUGCAGAAUACGACGGCCCCGCCGAGAUGGGAGGUCAAACCGCCGACCACAUUGGAUGGAAUGGAAUAUUACCUCAUAUCAGCCCAGUGGGUGGGCAAGGAUAACUCUCACGUUGGAGUAGUGUGGAUGAACAGAGCACAGAACCUCACUGUCUACAGCAGUUGCUACGCACCAAACUGGACGUGCACAGAGACCCAUUCAGAGAAGGCGACAGAUGAGCCUUGGCUAGAGGUACAUCAACAGCCGGUAUAUUCAGAAGACGGCAGUGCUUUCCUCCUACUAGCGGCGGUACAGGAGGGAGGGGGGCAGUACUACACGCACAUCAAGCAUGUGGACGUACUGCGCCAGCGCAUCGCUGUGCUCUCGCACGGCAAAGUAGAGGUUGUUGAGAUCCUGGCGUGGGAUCAGGAGAACCACUUAGUUUAUUAUUUAGGUAGUGCAGAGAGACCAGGGCAGAGACAGGUGUACGUGGUACGGGACCCCGGCUACGGCGGAGGAAGCAACUCCGUCCGCGCGCGGUCGGAGCGUGAGGAGCCUCGGUGCCUUACUUGCGAGUUGGCGGUGUGGCCGGCGAGGCUGCACUACGCUAACUGCUCCUUUUGGAAAGCCUCUUUCUCCCCCCCAAAGCCGAGAGUCGGCAUCACGCAUUACGUCCUGGAAUGCGGCGGUCCGGGACCCCCUCUGGCUGGUCUUCAUGACGCUAGAACUCAUAAGCUAGAAAGAAUAUUGUAUGACACGAGGCCUUACAGAUCAGUCCGCCUGCGCGAGCUAGCUCUGCCCACGCGGCGUUCGUUCGACGUGCAUCUGAGUAGUGGCUCGCGGGCGCGCGUCCAACUGCUUCUCCCUCCGUCUUGGAGAGAGGAGCUUAGAGAUGCCGCUUUCCCUGUACUAGUUCAUGUAGACGGCCGCCCCGGUAGCCAACAAGUAACAGAAGAGUUUCUAGUAGACUGGGGCUCAUACAUGUCGUCCAGAAACGACGUGGUAUACGUGAAGUUGGACGUGGCGGGCGCGAGAGGCCUGCCGCGUGCGUUGCUGAGAGGCCGCCUCGGAGGCGUCGAGGUGGCGGACCAGUUGGCUGUUAUUAGAUAUUUAUUAGAAACGUUCAAGUUCCUGGACGUAACACGCGUGGCGGUGUGGGGCUGGGGCUACGGCGGCUACGUGACGGCCAUGCUGCUCGGCUCCCAGCAGUCCACGCUCAAGUGUGGCAUCGCUGUGUCGCCCAUCACUGAUUGGCUCUACUACAACGCAGCGUUCACGGAGCGCAUCCUGGGUACGCCGGCGGUGAACUACAAGGGGUAUGUGGAGGCGGACGCGUCACAGCGUGCCCACCACGUGCCCGCGCACGCGCUGUACGUGCUGCACGGCACGGCAGACCUAAGCGCGCCCUACGUGCACGCGCUGCAGCUCGCGCGCGCGCUCACCGACGCCGGUGUGCUCUUUAGAUACCAGGCUUACGCCGAUGAAGGGCACGAUCUAAAGGGUGUCAUCGAACACGUUUAUCGUUCCAUGGAAGACUAUCUCCGCGAAUGUCUCUCCUUGGACCCAGAGGAUACCAAGCUGCCCCCUCCUGAUAGAUAGAAUGGGGCCCAAGUAUCAAAUCCAAUCAGUUCCGAAAUAUAUCCAAUUGUUAUCAUAACGCUGCCUGUAAAUAUGUAAAUGAAAUAGUGCUUUAACGAAAUGUGUUCCCCUCGUUUGGUUCAGCAGCGCCUUAUAAAAAUGUGUCGACAUUAUUUGUGACGCCGCGACAGUCGAGGGCUAUGUGAUUAGGUAAGCUCGUAACAUAUGAUAAUAAGAAAUCCGUUCGGUUAUCACGGUUUUUCAUGAGUAUGUAAUUACUAAUCUACCCAUCAAUAGUCCAAAGGUCCACUUCGAUAUUGCACUGCAAGUCUGGCAAAUGGAUGUGGACACUUGAAUUGAUUUUGAUAUACUUAGACAAGCGAAAGGAAGCCUGUGGUUAGAAUAAUACUUCAAAUUGAAUAUUUCUCAUUGACCUCAUGAAACUUCGCUUCAGCGCCUUUCGGCUAAAUUUUCAUACUGUGUCUUCUAAAGUAUAAGUAAAGCCUAGAUAGGAAAUAAAUUCUGAAGGUGAAUAAAGUAUAAUUUUGUAAUUAUUACUAAACAUCUUUCAGUCGGACGCAAUGUCCAUGAUCUUGCACAUGAUCCUGACCUUAUGCAAGACCAUGUACUACACUGCCCAUUGCGCCAUACUGUCUUGUUACUCAUAGAAUUUCGAGCUUCUUCACUUUAGGCGUUUACUACUGUUUUCUACUGUUAUCUUUACUAUGUACCUAACUGUUCAAUAAAAGAGAUAUGCACUUUAAAACAGAAUUCAAAAAUAAUCCAGCUCUGUCUACUGAAGAUUUAUUCAUGGAAUUAUACUUAAAUACAAUUCGAUAUCUCAUUAGUUAUCAUAAAGAGUUAAAUCCUUAUCAUCGCACGCUGGGCCACAUAAUGCGAACGAAUGUGCUUUUAUCUCGUUUUAAACAAAAAAGAGAACACAUUUGUUGGCGUUGUUCAGUUUGCAUCGGUAGUACUUUUCAUCCGAUUGUUGUUAAAAAUAACUACAUCAUGAGCUUAUCAUUUUAGGGAAAAUAUUAGGACUUUUGUAUGAUGUAAAUUUUAAUUUACAGCCGUUUUUGAAACGUUAAGUUUGUAAUAAAAAUAUAGUGCUGUUGGAGAAUACCUCGUAACGAUGUAGAUACCCUAUUCCUAAAUUAUAUUAAUUGAAAAUACAUUUUAUAGUAACUUAUAAUAUUUAGAAAUGAAGUGACCUUGACCAUCCCCUAACCUUAGCUGCUUUUGCUCCAUCCCAUCACCAUUUACUAAUCUUCUUAGUUCUUAAUGAUAUAAAUGUAGUCUUAAAAUAGCAGAAUAUGCAAUUGAAGCAAUCAAAUUUAGCGUUUCAGUCAACAAAUCAAAACUAAAAUAGUAUAAUAAUAAAAUUAAAACUAUGAAAAUGAUUAUAUAGCCAAUAAAGAAUUCAAUAUAGGACUCAAACCAAUUAUACAUAUUUUGAGUAUAGGCUUGUACAAAAUAGAAUUUAAUUGAGCUAGAAAAUUUGCCUUUCUGAUAGAUAUUUCAGUAACGUGUAGGCAGUCACCGAGUUGGUUUGUAAAUCUAGAACAUAGUAUUGUAAUGUCCGUGUCUGGGAUCGCGUCGAGUCGUGAAACAUUAUCAUUUGACUUGUAUCAAGUCAAGUCACACUUUCCUACUUAUUGGAGAUCUCAUUGAAAACAAGUACAUUCAACACAAAUAUGACUAAAAUACCAUGAGUUUCUAACAAUUGAAAAAAAUAUACAAUAAGUUUUGCAAAAUGUUAAAAUUCAUUAUCCUCAAUUUUGUUGACUGUACUAAUUUCAACGAAGAUGAAGACAAGAGCGGAGUUAUAGUUGACUACGGGUUUACCAUUGUUGUUGAUUUCACCGUAACUGUGACAUUACUAGAUAAUCAUUGUUGUUGUAUAGAUAAACGUUUGCCGAUAUUUGUUAAGUGUUAUCGGAUACCUGCAUAGACGCAUAUCGUACAUUCCAUGUUUGUGAAGACUGCCAAUUUGGUCUAAAUUUUACAAUCAUUGUACUUAUUAAUACCUACGAUACGUCGAUGAGUUUAAUUUCAAUUGCCGUUAUGGUCUUAAGGAUGCUGUGAUUCUUCUAUUGCAUAAUUUUAACGAUAUUGGAUUACAUUAUAUUAAAUAAUUAUUAAAUAUCCAUCUGAUAUUAUAUGUAGGGCCUAGUGAAAUCGAAUUCGUUGUAAUUAUUAAAAUUAAUUAUUCUAAGAUUAAUGUUAAUUUAGAUAUUUUGAAAUUCUUCCAUUAUAAAAGUAAUGAUAUUGCUUUGUUCUCCAAAAGUUAUGAAACAAUCAUAGACAAUAUAAUACGGGCUAUGUGUACAUCACACAACAUAUGAGAUUUUAUAGUUAGUUAAAAAACGAGAGAGUUCGGAAACCGGGUGCUUUAAAUUUUACAUCAUGUUGUAUGUAUUGAUUUCUUUAGCAAAUGUAUUCUAGUUAUUACAUUAUAUCAUACAAUUUGCUAGUGGAUUGAGACAAAGCAAUGAGCUGCAACACCAGGCGCAGGCUGACCAUUCCAGGGUUGGUCUUGCUUUUUGGAUGGUUUUCAUGAAUAUGAUAUUCGUAAAAGAGUUAAAUUCGUUGUUUUAAAUCUCCCACUUUAAAAGUAUCCACACUGUCGUCAAACAAUUUGCCAAACUUUGGCGAAUUCGGCAUACAUUGCUGGUUUUUUCAUUACGGUAAAUAAAAGCUCUUAUAUAAAUUAGGCAAUGUUCACGCAUUCGCAUCUCAGUUCAGCGACAGUGUGGAGCUGACGUAAUAUUGGUAAGCCUGUGCCGAAUAGAAAGCUAGUAACGCAGUGAGAAGCAGAUGUUAGUUAUUAACAAGUAAGGAUUAUUUUUAGUCUUACGUGGAAUUCUACUGCGUUGUCGUUUUCUGCGGAUAACACCAAAUUAAUUCGUGUUUAGACAAUUUUUAUGAAACAAAAUUAAAAUUCUGGGUUGUUAUUAGAAUUUUAGCACCAAAAUGACUAUCGAUUUCUUUGCACGUGUAUUUCCCUUACUUCAUUCGGAUCGAAUAGACUUAGUCUUCCAAAAUGUUAACAUUUUUAGUUGAUCUUAUUCUUGGAGCUGGAAAGUAGGAACUAUGUGAUGAACUAUGUCAAUUAUUUCAUAUUCCAAUUUCAGCUAAAUACAUAAUUAUUUUUUUCUCGUAUCCUCAGGAAUCUCUAUUGUGUGUUUAGAUUUCGUCCUAGUUUGUCCAUCAAUGGAUGUGGUUAUAAAUGUGAAUCAGUAAAGCUGUGUUCUUAGGAUCCCCUGCAAGUGACGCUGAACUGUACUUGCAAAUCUACACUUUAUUAGUAGAGCCAGUCUGAUUAUUUCUUAAAAGAACAACAUAAGCUCUUGAUAACAUUACAAAAUGCAAUCAAAAAUAUGUUUGCAUUAUGUAAUAUUAUAUUUUAAUGACUGAAAUGCAAUUUUUUCGAGUACAGUUGAGCUGCAGUGUAGUGUCCGCCUUCGUAACUUAGAAUGCCGUGAUGGCUCCCUUAGCGGUUAGAUUGAAGACGUGUGCGCACUGAAUAUAAUAACAGACGAAUGAUGCAUGAUGCAUGCAUGAUGAUGCAUUGAUGCAUUCAUUGAACGAAACUACAAGAAGAAUGGUAUGAUACCGUUCUAGGUUAAAAGUCGUCUCCAUUCUAACAAAAGCGUAUAAUUAAAGUUGGGGUUAGACAACUCAGUAGUCGUUAUUAUAUUCAGCAUCACGUUGUUUGAUGGUCCUAGAAAAUUCAUCUAAAUACUACGUUUACCUAUUGUUAAUCAGUGUUAAAUCUUAUCUCGUUUAAGAGUUACAGUGUUGUAUAGAUUGGUACGUUUCAUUUGUAAAUUCUGAGAUUAUUCUGUUAUUAUUGUAAAGUUUCUUUGAAUAAAUAAAAUUUUGAAAUUUACGUAAUCGUUCA